AUGACACAGCUGCUUCUGCUCAUUGUGUUUCUCCUGGUCCUGGGUCAUGUGCCUCCAGGGAGAAGUGAAUUCAAGCGGUGCUGGAAUGGCCAAGGAGCCUGCCGGACUUACUGCACCAGGCACGAGACCUUCAUGCACCUGUGCCCGGAUGCCUCCCUGUGCUGUAUCCCCUACGGCAUCAAGCCUGCAGCGCCCCACAAGCCACAGAAUGUGUAG